UCCGACAUGUCUUCCGUUGCUUUGGGCUGUACUACUAAAAAGACGCCGCAGAGGAUCCGGCCCGUUUCGCUUUCCCAAUCGCGAGAAGUGGGGCGCUGCCGUUGCCGACCAUGUCGCAGCAGCCUGCGCCGCCGCCGCCUUAUCGGCCGUACAGGCAGGUCCGGGCGGCGACGCCCCACAGCCGGGCGGUCUCCUGCGUGCGCUUCUCUCCCUGCGGGCGCCUCCUCGCAACGGCGUCCCUCGACGGGACGGUAGCGCUGCUCUCCCCGUCCUCGCUCGCCGUAAUCGCCGUCCUGCGCGGCCACACCGACGGCGUCUCCGACCUGUCCUGGUCCACGGAGUCGUACUACCUCUGCACCGCCUCCGACGACCGCACCCUCCGCGUCUGGGACAUCCGUUCCGUCCUCGCCGGCGGCGCCCAGGGCGCCGCCGAUCCCGGCGCCGACCGCUGCGUUCGCGUGCUCAAGGGGCACACCAACUUCGUCUUCAGCGCCAACUUCAACCCACAGACGAGCUCGCAGAUCGCCUCCGGGGGAUUCGACUGCACGGUUCGCAUCUGGGACGUCAAGAGCGGCCGAUGCAACCGCGCCAUCGACGCGCACUCCGAGCCCGUCACCUCUGUGCAUUUCAUUAGGGACGGCUCAAUCAUUGUGUCGGGAAGCCAUGACGGGAGCUGCAAGAUUUGGGACGCCAAGACUGGGGCUUGCCUCAAGACUGUCAUCGACGACAAGAAGCCCGCCGUCUCCUUCUCCAUGUUCUCGCCCAAUGGCAAGUUCAUCCUCGUCGCCACGCUCGAUGACUCACUGAAACUAUGCAACUUUGCUACCGGCAAGUUCUUGAAGGUAUACAGUGGACAUGUGAACAGAGUAUACUGCAUCCAGUCUGCGUUUUCCGUUACGAACGGGAAGUACAUUGUGAGUGGAUCAGAAGACAAUAGUGUGUACAUAUGGGAUCUGCAAGGGAGAAAUAUUCUUCAGAAACUGGAAGGCCAUAAUGACACUGUCAUCUCAGUAUCCUGCCAUCCAACGGAGAACAAGAUUGCUUCCGGUGGCCUUGAUAAUGAUAGGACUGUGAGACUAUGGGUUCAAGAUAGCUGAUGAACUUGCAAAAGGAAAACUGUAGUGACAAGUAGCUCAUGGGCUCAAACCUAAACUGUACUACUCGACAUCUUAAUGAGAUAUAUGUCGUGGCUUCCGGCAAAAGUAGACAUUUAACUUGAUUGCAGUGGUUUGUUUCAAUCUAAUGUGUUAUCCUAAACAUGGACAGAUCAACAGAUCUAAUGUUGUGAUAUGUUAUGCACAGUGUCUGUUGUCAGAUAUUCAAA